GAAUCAAGACGUCAACAAAUAUUUCAUGAUAUAGAGAAGAUGUUUUCUGGAAGUCCAUUGCACUCUCAUUUAGUCAUUAAAGAACAAAUAUUUGUAAAUGCAAAGAGCAAACGUGAUCCGGAAAUGGCGCAAAUCAAAAAGAUCAUAACUGAGCAAGCCAUGAAGCAACCGACAUGGGGUCAGAAUCUUCCCAAAUGCUUCAUUCGUCUUGAAUUGGAAUUUGAUUCACUUCUUAGUCGUAACAUUCCUUUGAUAACAAUGAAGCAAAUGGAAAAGAUAAAUUCCCUUCAACCUGUUAGACCAUUAACUGAACAGGAAUUGAAAGUAUUUCUAAAAUUUCAGCACUCAGUUGGACGAAUCUUAUACUUUGGCGAAGUCAAUUUGGAUCAACACAUCAUCAUUUCACCGACACAUCUGAUUGAUGCCUUUAAAUCGAUCGUUACUGAUAGGAAGUUUUGUGAAGGUGACAGAAUGAGACAAAAAUCUUGGGAUUUGAUGAGUAAGAAAGGCACAAUAGAGAAGAAGUCUAUAGAAAAAAUCUGGAAGAAGAAAAAGUACAAUAAAUUUAAAGACCAUAAGGAAUAUUUAUUGGGAGUCAUGACCCAUCUUGAUAUACUAGUUGAACCAAAACGAUACGAUAAGUCACAAAAACGUAUACCAGCUGAAUUCUACUACGUUGCCAGCAUGGUUAGAACCAAUGACACAACUGGUUAUCUUAUGUCGCCGACAUUCAUUCAGAGUAAUAUCGCCAUAGCUUUUAGUCCUUCCUCCUCAGUGAUACCACCGGCUUUAUCCUUUAGAUUUAUCAGUUACUGCUUGAGUAUUUUUGCAGUGAAGAAAUACGGACAGAAGAACGAUGAAAUGCUGUUUCAUAGGUCAGCUAUUUUCAAUAUUGACCAAUCUCUAGAUAUGUGUGUUAACUGUGAUGAUGAGAUUAUUGUUGUCCGUCUUGUUCACUUGCGGAAUCGAACACUUAUUAUGAGAGAUCUAGCAUCUAGUAUUCGUGAAUGUUUAGCUGUUGCACUCGAGAAAAUAAGUCAGCUUUACGUCAAGACCAGCAGUUUAGAUUGUGUUGAUAGCAAAAGAUCUUUCAAUCUGAGUUUGUGUUGCAGUUCAUCUGAAGAUCCUUGUCUCUUGCCAAUGUCAACACUUAAAGAACAAGAUGGUUCGUGGAUAUGUCCAAAACACGGAAUUGAGCACACCAAAGACAUGAUGUCGUCGUGGGCCAUACAUAAGGACGAGAUUCAAUGUGGAACAGCAUGCCCAGUGACCGAUACUGAGUUCUUAGAACAGAUUCCUUCAGAUAUUCACUUACGCCGAUUGUCAAUGCAGUACAACAUAAAUGAAACCAAAGAGUUGGCAAUUCAUCUUGGGAUGGAAUAUCAAGCCUGGGAUGAUCUGUUUGUGACAUUUGGCGAAGAACCAGAGAGAUUAAAAUUUGAAGCACUCCUAAGAUCCGUUGAGUGUUCCCAUUUAACAUUUAAUGACAUCAGAAAAGCGGCUGAAGAUGGUAAAAUACAGACCAUACACUCUCUUUGCAGGGUGGUUAGAGGCAAUCCAAUAGACUUUGACCAAGAACCAGAAAAAUGGGACUUGGUUCCUACAGAAGAACAUCUGGACAGAGUCGCUCCGUUAGUGGGACACAACUCGCUGCCUUUUCUUGUUGAGCUUGGUUUGGAAUUCCGAACAUGGGAGGAGAUCAAAUACAGACAAACAGAAAGAGAUUUAGUGAAACUUAAUCGCAAUAUUCUUCAAGAGUGGAAGUCUAACUUUUGCUCGUUACAUAAUAUCCGACCAUCUCUGAGAGACAUUGGCAAGGCUUUCAACAACAUUGGCAAAAAUAUCAGAAUCAUUGAAAACGUUUUGGCCGACUUGCUUUGACUCCUGUUUAUAAGUUGGAUGUCUUUGUUUGUAUACACAGGACCAUUCCAAGAGGUAGCAAUGAACAUACAAUUAAGACAUUGAAACUGAAUUUAUAAUUUUUGGUUAAAAUAGGAUUGAUUGCAAAAUUAUCAAUGCCAAUUCAUAACACAUUAUGGCGAUCAAAACAAUAUUUAGGCAAACAAUUUUAUAUAUCCGCACGUAUAUAUGCUUCGUCUCCGUUUUUAAACAAAAUUUUUAUUUAAAAAAUGGAAUAAUACAAAUCUUAUGUUUAUGUUUAGAAGUAAUGUGUAUAUCAGCUUUGUAGGUAAUCUCUACAACUUAUAGUUCUAAAUUUUUCAACGAGUAUUGUACAGAACUUUACAGUUUCAAUAAUUGUUUAAACGCGUAAGUUGGUUGUUAGUAAACAAUGCUUGAUCAUGAAGUACAAAUAUGAUUUUUUAAUCGUGUGUUUAAAAGUUGCAGUAUCGAGGGGUUCUUAAAACGUUUGGUGCCUUUGCCCAUUCAAACAUUUCAUAAACUCAGUGAAAAAACAGCAAUAAACAUCCUUUACUAAACUAACUGAACUUGAUUAAUUGUUUAAAAUACUUAUCACAUGCUUAUUUUUUAUUCUUUAUUGAUUUUUCUUUUUCUUUCUUUUUUUCAACCAAUUACAGCAUAAACAUGACAUAAAUACAAUAUGAUACAUGUAAGAUACACAAUAUUAUUAUUAUAUAUACAUUAUAGUUGGAAAUAUUAUACAUUUUCUUUAGAACAGAGCAAAGGAAAAAGUUCAAAAAAUAUAGAAAAAAGAUAAAUAAGUUAAUAGUAAAAGGUAACCGAUAUCAUAGAAGUGAAAAAUGAAGAAGAAUAAAAAGAGAGAGAAAAAAAGAGAAAAUAAAUUACUGUAUCCAGUUUCAUCCCUUUCUGUAUAUUUGUUUUUAAUAUAACAUAUUCGUGAGGAAUAAAUAAUAUUUAAAAACUA